AUGCAGCGACGAGCAGAGACUCCAGCGGUAGACGCAUCGGUGGAGACUGUGAAGCAUCUGAGAGCUCAAGGCUCGUUGCUCUAUAAACGCACGACACCUCAACAUCUCACGCUCGUGUCAGUGAAAGGAGACGUCAAGGAGAUCCCGUAUGAACGCGUCAGUGAAGCCUUUGGGAGUGACAACCACCCUCACAUCCUGCAUGCAUUGGAAGAAGGCGAACCAGUACUACGUCGUCGUGUCCUUGAAGCAUUGGCAUCCGUACUAAAACUACCACAGGAGCUCGUCGUGUCCAUGAAGCAUGGGGUUCUGGAGCUUAUUGAAGGCGGGAUCACUGUCGGUCUUGACGAAGAAGAGGACUCAACACCCGCUGAGUUAACUGAAAGUGACAUUGAACUACAGCAACUCUCUGCACGAGUCCUCAGUGUAAUGGCCGAGUCCCCAUGCGGACAGGCGGAGCUACUCAAGGGCGAAACCACCGCUCGCAUCAAGCAUGUCUUCGCCGUUAUGUCCAACAAGCGCACAUGUGAAUAUCUCUACGACGCGCUCUUGCGUUUAACUGGGUCUUUCGCUGGUGCUCGUCAGCUAACCAGCACUGGAUACCUUCCAAUAGUACUCGACCAUCUUAAAGGUUACCGCUUGAAUGACGCACUUCGCAUUCGUGCGCUGAAGCUGCUGAAAAAUCUGCUGAAUGAUGGCGUUGCCGGCACGACAUUCCGCGCGCUGGAGUUGGGAGUCGUGGCUCAAUGCGUCAAGAGAUUGCACUCUCCGAACUUCGAAGUGCGAGCAGCAGCUUGUGAUGCUAUGGCGGCGCUGGGAUUCGCGGAUAAAGCGCGCAAGGCGGUAGUGGAGCAUGAAGGGGUCGUACCGCGAUUGUGUGUGCUACUGACGGACUCGCAGUGGCAAGUGGCGUCUGCCAGCGCCGGGGCACUCAUGAGCCUGGCAGCACAUGACGAGGUCAAGCGACAGAUCGUGGCUAAUGAGGGACUGGCGCCUGUGAACCAUUUGCUGCAGACCAACAAAGUGCCGCUGCAAUUGCACACGACAAAGCUUGUGGCUGUAGUGACAGCGCUGCCAGAGGCGAGGCGACUACUGGACGUACCAGCCACGACGCUGCGACUCAAGACACUCACACAGGACGAGAACGCGCUGCUGGCCAAGAGCGCCAAGGUGGCGUUGGCGGCUGUGCAGUGGCGGGCGUAG